GACAGGUACCGUGAGGAGAAGCAAAACAGGGCAGAAUGGUGAGGUGCUGGAAGCAUUCAGAAGCCGGUCUGGAGGACCCACGGAGCAUGCACUGUGGUCCCGUCAGCUCCUCCAGGGUUCCUCACAAAGUUCUCUGGUGCAGUCUCACUGCCAUGCUGUUCGUUGUUAUCAUUGCUCUCAGUGUGACGGCACAUCUAGGGCUUCAGCAUAAGACACAAUCUUCCCUGCAGGUUGUCAGAAUUCCCGAUCACAUGGGUGACUUGAUCAAUCAGUCGGCUUUGAUUGACAAGCACAACAGCGUAGUGACCUACUCCGUGACUUCCCAUGUCAACUACACCUCCACUGUGAUUUUUGACAUGAGACAUGGGUUGGUAUGCUAUAAACCUGACAACCAAGACAGCUGCUUUCUUCGCCGGAUGGAAAGCUUGGAUUACGAGAACGUGCAAUCUCAACUAAACAAGACGGAGCAACAGGUUCGUCAGGUCUGGGUGGUGGGAAAUCAGACUGAAAAACACACCGAGUUUUUGGGAGUGCUGCCCGGCAGUCGUGUUGAAGCUUCCACCCUUCAGGAACCUCUUCAGUCCCUCUGUCAGCAGGCCUCUGUGUACUGGACAAGAAGAUCUGAUGGUCCCGGGAAACAAAGACUUAUUUACUUCUGCAUCGACAUUUGCUUCCCCAGCAACAUUUGCGUUUCUGUGUGUUUCUACUACCUGCCAGAGUGACAUUCCUGUGUACCAGCACACGCCAGGCAAACAAACAAAUGUCUUCUCAUCGACGAGAGCAACUGGAAAGGCUAAAAAAAUGCCAUAUUUAAUGCCAAU